UCUGCUUUGCAUCCGCUGUUCCUCUGCUCUCAUCAGCCUUCCUGGCAGCAAUCUCAUCAGCAUUCCUGGCAGCAAUCUCAUCAGCUUCCUGGCAGCAAUCUCAUCAGCAUUCCUGGCAGCAAUCUCAUCAGCAUUCCUGGCAGCAAUCUCAUCAGCAUUCCUGGCAGCAAUCUCAUCAGCAUUCCUGGCAGCAAUCUCAUCAGCAUUCCUUGCAGCAAUCUCUGGUUACUGAGGGAUGCUUUCACAACUGGAUGUCAUCAGAUUCUCAGC